UGUGAAUGUCUUGACUCAACAGUGACUGUGUGGUGCCUUUUUUUUCUUUUUUCUUUUUUGAGUCUUACCCCAGGUUUGUGUCCGGCUUCGCUCCGAUCCAGAACCAAACCUUCCUUGGCUAACCUCUCCCACCUCCCUCGCCUCCUCGCACUGCGCUGCGCUGCAACGGGCAAUUCUAUUGCUAAAAGCAGGUUAUCGCUAUGUAAGGGAUCGUUACAGACCUGUUUUACUAUACAUACUAGCGCCAUCGCCACUUCCUCCAAUAACUCUUUUAUCAUCCUCGAUCCCGAAGCAAAGACUGGCUGGCAUUUUCGGAUUCUCCUUCUCUUUACUGAGCGCUUGCGCUCACUCACGCAAUUGAGAUCUUCCCUUUCCCAUCCCACCCCGACUUUCCUCCCCUCCGAAUCCACCUACUCCGCGAUGCUCCGAAAUCGCCCUACGAGAAAGGCCCUUGGCCAGGCGAGGGCCUGGACGACGCCGCCCACAGCCACUCUUGCGCAGUCAAAGCUGCCCGCGACGCAAAGAACAAAGGCCACUGCUACCACUUCUGCCGCGCCUCAGACUCGCCCUGUGGCCAGCCCCGCCUUCAACUUGGAACCCGAAUCUCGUCGGCAUGUUCAGCCUCUUGUCAGCCGAUCGAAACCCGACAUGGAUGAGUCGUUCAUCGGAAAGACCGGCGGCGAGAUCUUUCAUGAGAUGAUGCUCAGGCACGGUGUGAAGCAUAUUUUCGGCUACCCCGGAGGCGCCAUCCUUCCCGUCUUUGACGCCAUCUACAACUCGGAACACUUCGAUUUUAUCUUGCCUCGACACGAACAAGGCGCUGGCCACAUGGCACAAGGGUACGCACGUGCCUCCGGAAAACCUGGCGUUGUACUCGUUACAUCGGGUCCGGGAGCGACUAAUGUCAUCACACCCAUGCAAGAUGCUCUCUCAGAUGGCACUCCCAUAGUGGUCUUCACUGGACAGGUCGUAACAAGUGCGAUCGGACUGGACGCGUUUCAAGAGUGCGAUACUGUGGGCAUUAGCAGGAGUGCGUGCAAGUGGAAUUGCAUGGUAACAAGCAUUGCUGAGCUCCCGCGUCGAAUUAACGAGGCUUUCGAGAUUGCUACUAGUGGUCGUCCUGGCCCUGUUCUUAUCGACCUUCCUAAGGAUAUCACAGCUGGGAUUCUUCGAAAGGCUAUACCAACACAAACUUGCCUCCCCUCUUUUCCAAGCAUCGCUUCUCAGGCUGCCAAACGACUAUCGGAGAAGCAGCUUAAUGCCUCCCUUGGUCGUGCUGCUGAGCUUAUCAAAGUAGCUAAGCAGCCUACCAUUUACGCUGGCCAAGGCAUCAUGCAGUCUGAGGGUGGAACUGAGCUUCUUCGCGAGCUAGCUGAUAAGUGUUCUAUUCCUGUUACGACAACUCUCCAGGGCCUUGGUGCAUUUGAUGAGCGUGACGAGAAGUCAUUACAUAUGUUGGGUAUGCAUGGCACGGCAUAUGCCAAUAUGUCUAUGCAGGAGGCCGACCUUAUUAUUGCUCUUGGUGCUCGCUUUGACGACCGUGUUACCCUGAAUACUUCAAAAUUUGCUCCUAAUGCUAAAGCUGCAGCAGCUGAGAAGCGAGGCGGCAUUAUUCAUUUUGAUAUAUUGCCUAAGAAUAUUAACAAGGUCAUUCAAGCAACUGAGGCUAUUGAGGGCGAUGUUGCCACUAACCUCAAGAUGCUUAUGCCUAUGCUCACAUCCACAAGCAUGGAGCAACGACGCGAAUGGUUUAACAAGAUAUCCGAAUGGAAGGCCAAGUGGCCUCUAUCCAACUAUGAGCGCGCUGACUCUCCUGGAGGCAACGGUCUCAUUAAACCCCAGUCCGUAAUUGAGGAGCUGAGCGAUCUCACCUCUAAAAUUGACAAGAAAACAAUCAUCUCGACUGGAGUGGGCCAGCAUCAAAUGUGGGUAGCACAGCACUACUCAUGGAGAGAGCCUCGAUCGUUUGUCACGAGCGGUGGAUUAGGCACGAUGGGCUUUGGGCUGCCAAGUGCGAUUGGAAUUGCAGUAGCAAGACCAGACGCCCUCGUGAUCGACAUUGACGGCGAUGCGUCCUUUAACAUGACCCUAACAGAGCUCUCCACCGCUGCUCAAUUUAACAUUGGCGUUAAGGUUAUUAUUCUGAAUAACGAGGAGCAAGGCAUGGUUACCCAAUGGCAGAACCUGUUCUAUGAGGACCGCUAUGCACACACCCACCAGCGGAAUCCGGACUUUGUCAAGUUAGCCGACGCAAUGGGUGUGCAGGCGAGGAAGGUCUCCAAGCCAGAGGACGUUCGGGCUAGCCUCGAGUGGCUCAUCAACACAGACGGUCCAGCUCUUCUCGAGGUUGUUACCGAUAAGAAGGUGCCUGUCCUGCCUAUGGUACCAGCAGGUGCUGGCCUCCACGAGUUCUUGGUUUAUGAUAGAGAAAAGGACAAGGCCCGGCGACAGCUAAUGCGCGAGCGAACCAGCGGUCUUCACGGUUCUUAGUCAGGAGUCCGGGAGGAAGUAAAGCUGUUAGGUAAAAUUAUCAGAGGUCUAUAAGGCACAUAGGUAUGUGAUAUUGCGUUAAUUCUAUAACUAUGGAUAGCAUUGCGCCACCUUAUAUACGUCUUUUUACGAGAUCUCCUUGGUGUAGACGUCCGUACUCCGGCUCUACUACCAACAUCUGCCACUGAGUGAUCAUCCAUGCGCGAAUUCCAG